AUGAAGCAAACCCAGACCAAACCUCUAACAUCUUGCUUCCCCAGUACCACCGAGAUGGGCACCCUAGGAUCCAUCGUCGGGCCCGGCCUCGCCUCAGCCCUCAUCAAAGACACCGGUUCCUGCGCCGUCCAAGGCGUCGACUACCCCGCCGACGCAGCCGGAAACGCAAACAUGGGAGCCUCGGGCGGGCCCAAGAUGGCCGCUCUAGCCACCAAAGCCCUCCAACAAUGCCCCGACACCAAAGUGAUCUUGGCGGGCUACUCGCAAGGUGCCAUGGUAGUCCACAACGCACUCAACUCCAUCGACGGCACCAAGAUUGCCGGCGUGGCCGCUNUUGGCGACCCCAUGAAUGGACAGGGUUUCAAGGGUGUUGAUGAUGCCAAGGUUGUGCGGUACUGCGGUUCGUCGGACUUUGUGUGCGAUUUCAGCGGCAAGACUCAGGGGUCUGGGUCGCAUCUUUCGUAUGGGUCGAACCUUGCCGAGGCGGCUUCUCGUUUGAGCCAGAUUUGUGGUGCUAAUUAA